CUCUUCGCUAACGUACAGCACGGAUUAUUGCUACAGUGCACGCUUCGACAGUUCUCAGCCCCUUCAUAGGUACCCAAGUGCUAUAGAUAUCGCUGGACGUCACCAUGGACGCCGCCGACCCUCACGUCAAUGGGACGACCACUCCCUCGACGCCCAAGCGUUCGGGCCUCGCUUUGACUGAGUACACCGCCAUGCCCACGCCCCCUUCCGAACGAGCAGACAUUCCUACCUACGACGUCCCUCGAGAUUUCCUCCUGCCCACAGGCUAUCCGGACUACUUGCGUCUGAUCCUCACUUCUCGAGUCUACGACGUGGUCAGCGAAAGCCCUCUGAGCCAUGCCGUCAACCUCUCCAACCGCCUCGAAUGCAAAGUCCUCCUGAAAAGAGAGGACCUGCUGCCAGUCUUCUCCUUUAAGCUGCGAGGCGCAUACAACAAAAUGGCCCACCUUCCACCCAAGAUCUCAUGGAAAGGCGUCAUUGCUUGCUCGGCAGGGAACCAUGCUCAAGGCGUAGCUUACUCUGCCAGACACCUGAAGAUCCCUGCAACCAUUGUCAUGCCACAGGGCACGCCGGCCAUUAAACAUAUGAACGUGAGCCGCAUGGGCGGGAACGUCGUGCUACAUGGUCCCGACUUUGACUCGGCAAAAGAGCACUGUCAUGCCCUGGAGAAACAGUACGGUUUGACCAAUAUUCCACCAUUUGAUGAUCCAUAUGUCAUUGCAGGACAAGGUACUAUAGGUAUGGAAUUGUUGAGGCAGACAUCAUUGCAAAAGCUCAAGGCUAUCUUCUGCUGCGUCGGCGGCGGCGGGUUGAUAGCGGGUAUUGGGGUGUAUGUGAAAAGAAUAGCCCCUCAGGUCAAGAUCAUUGGCGUGGAGGCCUCUGACGCCAACGCACUAGUCGAAUCUCUGAAGCAGGGCAAGCGAGUGUUGCUUCGAGAAGUCGGCCUCUUCGCCGACGGUGCCGCUGUGAAGACUGUCGGAGAAGAGACGUUUAGACUUUGUCAAGAAGUGGUGGACGAAGUUAUCGAGGUCAGCACCGAUGAGAUUUGUGCCGCUAUCAAGGACGUCUUUGAAGAUACAAGGUCGAUCCUGGAGCCAGCCGGAGCGCUGUCGCUAGCAGGCCUGAAGAAAUGGGUCGCCCAGAACCCAGACACAGAUACCAGCCGAGAAUUGGUCGCGGUUGCCAGCGGCGCCAACAUGAAUUUUGAUCGGCUAAGAUUUGUCGCCGAACGCGCGACUCUGGGUGAGCAGAAAGAGGCUCUCCUGACAGUCACUAUUCCAGAACGCCCAGGCUCAUUUGCCCAACUCGUUGAGGCCGUCCUCCCCCAAGCUGUCACAGAAUUUGGAUACAGAUAUUCAAACACCGAUGAAGCACACGUGAUGAUGGGCAUCACGGUCUCUUCAGCUGGUGCAAGGGCGCGAGAACUUGACUCACUCUUUUCGCGGCUUGGAGCUGAAGGUAUGACUGCAAAAGACCUGUCUGAGGAUGAACUUGCCAAGACUCAUAUUCGGUACCUUGUUGGUGGACGGUCCGGCGUCAAGGAUGAGAGGUUAUAUAUGUUUGAAUUCCCGGAGCGACCGGGAGCGCUAUUCAGGUUCCUGAGGACAAUGCGACCGGGUCAGAGCAUAACGCUCUUCCACUAUCGGAAUUAUGGCGGGGAUGUGGGCAGGAUACUUGCUGGGAUUCAGUGUCCCGAGCAUGAGAGGGAUCAGCUGGAGGAUUUCUUGAAGGAUAUUGGAUAUCCGUUCAAAGAGUGCACGGACAAUGCCACAUACAAAAUGUUCUUGCGAGACUAGGAUGGGAAACUGGUAGAUAUAUGAUAUGGUGAUUAGAUACGAGAUACCCUGGCAUGGCGUUGAGAGAAGACAAAAUGGGCUCUUCAAUUUGCACACUGUGAUCAGAUCAGGUGUAAAACCCAGCAAGACAUUUCACCUACGGA